AUGUUGGAUAUGGGAGAGCGCAAAGAGGUGAAAAUGAUUCCCAAAUCGUCGUUCAGUAUAAACAGUUUGGUGCCGGAGGCCGUGCAAAACGACAACAACAACCACCAGACCCAGCAGCAGCAGCAGCACCACCAGAACCACCACCACCACCACAUCCACCGGCCCGGCGGCGGCGGCGGCGCGGACGAAGCCGAGCAGAAGGCGCCUCUCCCGGCCGCGCAGCCCGACGGGAAAGCGGAUCCGAAGAGCGACUCGUCGAGCCAGGAGAGCUGCCCGGACGAGAAGGAGAAGCAGCAGCAGGAGGAGAAGAAGGAGGGCAAGGACGGCAAGGACGGGGACGGCGGCGCCGGGGGGAAGGACGGAGAGAAGAAGAGCGGCAAGUACGAAAAGCCCCCGUUCAGCUACAACGCGCUGAUCAUGAUGGCGAUCCGGCAGAGCCCCGAGAAGAGGCUCACCCUCAACGGCAUCUACGAGUUCAUCAUGAAGAACUUCCCGUACUACCGGGAGAACAAGCAGGGCUGGCAGAACUCCAUCCGGCACAACCUGAGCUUGAACAAGUGCUUCGUGAAGGUGCCGCGGCACUACGACGACCCGGGGAAGGGGAACUACUGGAUGCUGGACCCCAGCAGCGACGACGUCUUCAUCGGCGGCACCACCGGGAAGCUGCGGCGGCGGUCCACCACGUCCCGGGCCAAGCUGGCCUUCAAGCGGGGUGCCCGGCUGACCUCCGGGCUGACCUUCAUGGACCGCGCCGGCUCCCUGUAUUGGCCCAUGUCCCCCUUCCUCUCCCUGCACCACCCGCGGGCCGGCGGCGCCCUGGGCUACAACGGGACCUCCCCGGGCUACCCGGGUCACCCCAUGUCGUACAGCACCAUGCUCACGCAGAACAUGAGCAACAGCCACUCGUCGUUCCCGUCCUCCAACGGGCUCAGCAUGGACCGGCUGGUCGGCGGGGAUCUACCGUACGCGACGCACCACCUGACGGCGGCGGCCCUGGCGGCCUCGGCGGUGCCCUGCGGCCUCUCCGUGCCUUGCUCCGGGGCCACGUACUCCCUCAACCCGUGCUCGGUCAACCUGCUGUCCGGGCAGACCAGCUACUUUUUCCCCCACGUGCCGCACCCGUCCAUGAGCGCUCACUCCGGCGCUUCCUUGCAGGCCGCCCGGGCUUCGGCCUCCAAUUCCCCGCAGGCUCCGUCCGCCUCCUCGCUGCAAUGUGACUCUCUGAGGCCGACUCUCUCCGGCUCUCUGCCGGCCUUCUCCUCAGGACUUUCCGGAGGUUUGUCUGACUAUUUUACGCAUCAAAACCAGGGUUCGACCUCCAACCCGCUUAUACACUAA